AUGCAAGAUGAUAGAGUUUUAGAGAGAAGUCCACAAGACUCUUUAAGAAUUUAAUAAAGAUCAUCUAUGUUAGAUAGAAAGCCUAGUGGUCGUUUCACGUUCUAAAAAUCAUAAGAAGAAGAAUAAUAAACUUAAAUAUAAGGAAAUAGAAAUCGAAUCAAAUAAUAGUUAAGAUGUAGAAUAUAUAUGAUUUUGAUUUAAGGCUAACUGAAUGCUAUAAUAAAUAAACCAAUAUAGCCAUUUCAAAUGCGUGAAGAGAAGUUGAUUGAAUUAGGCAAGAAAUUAGAUGUAGAAAUAACAUAAAUAGAUGUUGAAAAUAUAAUACCAAAUACAAAGGAGUUUUUUGAAGAUUAUGAGAUUCAUGAGAGAUUAGGAGAAGGAUGUUUAGGUUUAGUAAAAAGAAUAGUAUAAAAAACAACAGGGUUAGACUUUGCUGUAAAGAUUGUUGCUACAUAGGAUGAUGAAAUUAUACGUAAUGUAAAAGAAAAUACUAAUUUAAAAGAUGAUAAUAGAGUUCAAACGAUUAGUUGAAUUAUCUCAUGAUAAUAUAGUUAAAGCUUAUAAGAUGUACUUAGACUUUGAUACUGGAUUUUAAUCUGAAAGUUAAGCAUUUGUUGUAAUGGAACUAAUCCAAGGAAAAGAAAUGUUUGAAGUUAUAAAUGAUUCAGGACAUUAUAGUGAAGAUGAUGCAAAAGAACUCUUUAAACAAUUGCUUAGUGCGAUAGAAUACAUGCAUCGUCAUGGAAUUUGUCAUAGAGAUCUUAAACCAAAUAAUAUCUUAUGUCUUUAAGGUAUAUAUAUUAAUAGUAUUAAUAUAGAUAAAAAAUAGAUAAAAGUUACAGAUUUCAAUGUGAGUAAGUUUAGUGAUUCAUAUAAAUUAUUUGGAGAUCUAAAAGAUACAGAGAAGAUAGAAAUGUGGACAUAUACUGGUACUGUAGCAUUUUCAGCUCCAGAAAUAUUUACAGGAGAAGGAUAUAAGUAAUAAAUACUUUAAUGAUAUUUUG